CCUAUUCGCUAUCAUGGUUCCCGACAUGGUCCUUCGGGAAGAGACGUUCGAGCGGAAGAAGAACAGUUGAAAUUCGGUCCAAUUUGGUCCAAUUUUCCUCCUUCACGCCGCGGAUUUCCCCCCCACGAGGUCGAGGUCGAGGUCGAGAUGAGUGUGGAUGCGUACGGACCGAGUUCUCAGAGCUUGACCUUCUACGACACGGAAGAGGCCGACCUCCUCGGGGCUGACACUCAAGGCUCCGAGUACGAGUUCAACCUCACCCUCGGGAGCCAGACUCAGACUCAGACUCAGACUCAGACUCAGACGCACACGCAGGCCGAUUUGGACAAGACUCAGGCUUCGCAGGGUCAGGUGACAGUGAAUGGAGAUGUGGUCGAGUCACAGCUAGAGAAAGUUACAGAGGCAGUUGCUGACCUGCAGUUUGAGGAGGAAGAGGAAGAAUCUGCUUUUUAUACCAAGGAGCUGCCAGAAUGGGCCUGCCGGUACUGUGGGAUCCACGACCCUGCCUCAGUGGUCAUGUGCAAUGUGUGCCACAAGUGGUUCUGCAAUGGACGAGGAAAUACUUCUGGUUCCCACAUUAUCAACCACCUGGUCAGAGCCAAGCACAAGGAGGUUAGCCUACAUAAGGAUGGGUUGGUGCGAGAUACGGUGCUGGAAUGCUAUGCUUGUGCCGUCAAAAACGUGUUUGUCCUUGGCUUUAUCCCGGCCAAGGCAGAAUCAGUGGUGGUGCUGUUGUGCCGUCAACCCUGUGCAGCACAGAGCUCCUUGAGAGACAUGAAUUGGGAUCCAGAGCAGUGGAAGCCACUCAUCAGUGAUAGAGCUCUUCUGCCAUGGCUGGUACGUGUUCCAUCUGAAGCUGAGCAGCUGCGUGCACGUCAGAUCACAGCGCAGCAGAUCAACAAGCUAGAAGAACUGUGGAAGGAGAAUGCUUCAGCCACUUUUGAUGACCUUGAGAGACCUGGUGUGGAUGAAGAGCCCCAGCAAGUCUGCCUUAGGUACGAGGAUGGAUUUCAGUACCAGAACAUUUUUGGGCCCCUUGUGAAGUUGGAGGCUGACUAUGACAAGAAGCUGAAAGAGUCUCAGACACAGGACAAGAUCGAGGUGCGCUGGGACAUUGGCCUUAACAAGAAGAUCUGCGCAUACUUCACCUUGGCGAAGACUGAUGGAGACAUGCGCUUGAUGCAUGGAGAUGAGCUGCGACUGAGAUACCUCGGGGACCUUCACAAGCCUUGGUCAGGGGUGGGACAUGUCAUCAAAAUCCCUGACAACUUUGGUGAAGAGGUAGGAAUUGAGCUCAAGUCUAACGUCGGAGUGCCAACUGACUGCAGGGACAAAUUUGUUGUUGACUUUGUUUGGAAGUCUACGAGCUUUGACAGAAUGCAAGCUGCUUUGCGCAAGUUUGCUGUUGAUGAUUCCUCAGUGUCUCCGUACAUUUACCACCGUCUCUUGGGACAUGUUGAAGUUGACGAGCUCCUCUUCCGUCACAUCUAUCUUCCCAAGCAGCUCUCUGCUCCCAAUCUGCCAACACUCAACAACUCGCAGCAAUAUGCUCUGAAGCAUGCCCUGCAGCGCCCUCUUUCCCUGAUCCAAGGUCCGCCAGGCACAGGGAAGACCGUUACCUCCGCAACCAUUGUGUACCAGCUGGUGAAGCAGACUGGAGGCUCCGUCCUGGUGUGCGCCCCGUCCAACACCGCUGUUGACCAGCUCACCGAGAAGAUCCAUAAGACUGGGCUCAAGGUUGUACGUCUAUGUGCCAAGUCCCGUGAGGCCAUUGAUUCUCCUGUUUCUUUCUUGGCUUUGCACAACCAGAUUCGGAACCUUGAGGAUAAUGGAGAGCUUCAGAAGCUUCAGCAGUUGAAGGAAGAAACAGGUGAACUAUCAUCAGCCGAUGAAAAACGAUUCCGCAUGUUGAAGAAGCAGGCUGAGAAAACACUGUUGGAAGCAGCUGAUGUGAUAUGUUGCACUUGUGUGGGAGCUGGAGAUCCUCGUCUGGCACGACUGAAGUUCCACUCCAUUCUCAUAGAUGAAUCCAUGCAGGCCACUGAGCCAGAGUGUAUGGUUCCGGUUGUGUUAGGAGCCAAGCAAGUCAUUUUGGUAGGUGAUCACUGCCAGCUUGGGCCCGUCGUCAUGUGUAAGAAGGCUUCCCGCGCCGGUCUCUCGCAGUCGCUGUUUGAGCGUUUGGUUGUCCUGGGCAUCCGACCUUUCCGCCUCACCGUCCAAUACCGCAUGCACCCUCAGCUUGCUCAGUUCCCGUCUAACUUCUUUUAUGAGGGAUCUCUUCAGAAUGGUGUUGUUGAUGCUGACCGCACCAUGAAAGGCGUGAGUUUCCCAUGGCCCCAACAAGAUAAACCCCAGUUCUUCUACGUGACCUCAGGCCAGGAGGAAAUUGCAGGGUCAGGAACUUCCUACCUGAACCGAACCGAGGCAUCCAGUGUUGAAAAACUUGUCACACGCUUCCUCAAUUCCGGUGUCAAGCCAGAACAGAUCGGUGUCAUCACUCCCUAUGAAGGCCAGAGAGCAUACCUGGUUCAGUACAUGCAGUACCAGGGACCUCUUAACCAGAAGCUGUAUCAGCGCCUGGAGGUCGCAAGUGUGGAUGCCUUCCAGGGCCGAGAGAAGGACAUCAUCAUUAUGUCCUGUGUGCGAUCCAAUGAGCACCAAGGAAUUGGGUUCUUGUCAGAUCCGCGUCGUCUCAAUGUGGCUCUGACUCGAGCGCGUUAUGGCAUCAUCAUUGUUGGAAACCCAAAAGUACUCUCUAAGCAAGGACUAUGGAACCACUUGUUGCAUCACUUCAAGGAAAAGAAAGUUUUGGUGGAAGGGCCCCUCAACAACCUCAAGGAAUCCAUGAUGCAGUUCAGCAAACCCAAGAGACUAAUUAAUGCAACCAACCCAGGCUCGCACUUCAUGAACACGGCUAUGUAUGAUGCGCGAGAGGCUAUGGUUCCUGGCUCCAUGUAUGAUAGGUCAGGUCAGCUCAAUGGCUCUGCACCACCACCUUCCCAGUGCUUCAGAGGACCACAGUAUGAUAUGUAUGGCCGAGCUCAUGAUUCUCUGGAUUAUAUAUCUGCUGACCACUCACAACCUGGGCUAAACAACUUGCCAGUGCCAGUGGGAAUGUUCAUGAACAUGGCUCAUGUACCACCUCGCUUCUACCAGCAACACCAGCAGGCUCUGGCACAAGCACGUGGAGGAAGAGGUGGUGCUCGAGGUGGCAGAACUGGAGGCAGAAAGCCCAACAAAAACAUGGGUGGUUCCAAUGCUCUACAGUUGUCUCAACCCUUCAGCCAAGACCCCACCACACAAAGUUACUCACAGCCUGGUCUCACGCAAGGGCACCUCUCACAGGGCAUGUCUGGGCCUGGGUUGAGUGGGCUCUCACAAGGAGGACUGUCACAGGCAGAACUUUCCCAGGACUCGUACAUGGUAGACCAGUUCCAGAGCCAGACAGAUGGACUCCUGUCUCAGGACUCCACCUACCAGGGUGACCGUGCGUUCUUCACUCCAGCAUCACAAACGCACCACUUCUCACAGCCGUACUGAUGGUGAGUUGAGAGAUCCCCUGGCGCAUGAAAGGCGAUGAAGCAGCGCACCAGAGCAGCAAGACAUACGUGGAGCAACACAGGGGGACCCACAGCAGGCACAGCAGCAGUAGCAGCAGCGGCACAAGGAACAGCAGCCUAAGCAGUCCCCUCGUGUGGUCGAGUCACGUGCAGACCUCCCUGCCGUGGAAGCUGAUGCAGGAGGCAACAGCAAACAGGACUGCUAUGGCACUCAUGAACAUAGCCAAGGCAGGUGCUUACUCUCAAAGGUGAGACAAGACAGAAGGUGCCUUAUAUCCCAACAUAGUUAAUUCUCGGGUAUGGAUGAUCCUUUGGCCACACCAUGGAUCUGGCCUGUCUAUCAGCAUAGAUCACGGCCCAUAAAGAAUGGAUAUCAGCCCAGCCCUUGAUCCUCUGACCCGAGAUAUGCUCAUGUCAACAAGAAGGAAGUGUAGGCACCUGAGAAAGAGAGAGAGAGCGCAAGAGAGAGAGGUAAGAGAGAACAAGAGCACAAUGAUGAGCAGCUUCCAGCCAGCCCCAGCCCCUCCCCCCUCCCUGCGGGUGCAGGAGAAGUGACCUCAGUGCUACCACACAGGACUGCCACGCUGUCAUGACCUGCCUGUGUCCUGAACAGUGGCGAUGCCCACACACUCCUACAUGUCCUCUUCAUUCCACUGGCAAAACACCAAGUGGAGGAGGAACAGGAGACUCCCAUGAUAUUACACAACGUUUGUCAGCACUGUUUCUUUGUUCUGUUUAAAGUUUUCUUGUUUUUAUAUCAUUCAUGGAUUCAGUAUGUGAUGGGUAUUUGGUUUUAGUAAUAUGGUUUGCAAAAAAUACACAAAAAAAUUAGCAGCCAUGAUUACAUGUAUGUGUACUUAAUAUACUUUUUCAUUUCUAUAACUGGACUGUAAUGACAGAGCACACAUUGUGUUCACAGGUGGCAGUAAAGUGAUGAGGACAACUUGCUCUUUUGUUAAUUUUUGGUUGGUGUCUGCAUAUUACAGCAAUCCUUUGUUCAAUAUAAUAAGCAUAUGGUAAUUUUCUGUACUUUUACACAAAAACUUAUAGAAUUAGUACAAGUACAAAUUUCUGAAAAAAAAUAAAAAUAAAAAAAUGCAUACAUGUACUGCCAAAAUUGUAUUUGUUAAUACAGUUAUCAUGCCAUCUUUCAAUGUCAAGAGUACAAGCUUACAAGCCAUGCACGAGUAAUUAUAAACACCCUCUAUAGAAAGAUGUAUGGCAAUUUUAAUUUGUUGUUAUGGCAUAGAAAUCAAGGUUCUCUUAUUAUUUGUUGGUAUAUUGCUACAAAUAACAUCACAAAAGAUUUAUGGAAAUUUUCUCUUCCCAUAUUUCCAGUUCUGAACACUCAAUUUUAUUUAUUUUUAAAAUUUUAGUAUCAAAGACCUAUAGGUCUUCAAAGAUCUAUGUGAUUGAAAAUAAUGUUAUUAUUCAUGAUGAUUAUGAUUAAUUGUUAUUAUUGUUAUUAUUUAUAAUCAUUUAUUUAUUUAUAUUUUUCUGUUAUAUAAGGAAUGAAAGUUAUCUACUCACAGAUAACAGUGCAUUCUGAGGAAAACUGCUUAUCCUAGUAAGGGUUCCAUUAAGUCUUUAGACUUUGUUUCCCUCUUCAUGUACUGUUUUUGUAAAUAGGUUAAUUGGCCUGUUUAGUGUGUCCAUCUCAUUUCACAGAAUUGGGAAGCAGUUUAAUUUAUAGUUUCAUAUGAACAGUAUUGACUAUUCACCAUCUAAAAGAAACCAUGCUUGGUGACCAACAUUGAAACAGAACUGUCCUGUAUUCACUGGUGAUGAAAUUCUGCUACAACUGUUAUUGAAUUGUUUAAAUAGGCUUUCUUAAAUGUAUGCCCUAUGAGAAAAAAAAGUAAAAAAAAAAAAGGUUGACACAGGGUUAUAUAUUAGUAGGCUUGCAUAAUUCUGUAGAAUAUUGGGAAGGUCAUCAUAUAUAUUUUUAUUUUUUAUUUUAUUUUUUUUCUGUCAAUUUGAGUGGCUCUAAGGUAUAUUGGUUAUACCCCCACCCCAUUUGAAGCUUUUAUUUUAUGAAAUGAUUGGGCCUUAUGAAAUGAACAACUUCCAAGGCAACAUUGGUAAUAACACCUAAUAAAUGAGUAAACAAGA